AGCAACAUAAUUUAUGUAUUUGUAAAUAUGACCGUAUUUCGUGCACUUUUACCAAAUUAAUUUUGUAAAAUCAUGUCCUAAAAUUAUUUGUAGUUGUUAUAUUUUAAUACUAAAUUUUACCGUCCGCUAUCAUGGAACCAGAUGAAGCGGAAACCCCUGCCGAAGAAAGUCAUUUACCUCCACAGGGAACUCUCGAAUGGCUUCAUUACUGGAGUGACAUUGAGGGUCAUCUGCCAUCACCCAUCAACGUAUCUAUAACUGGUUCCACGCCUUUUAAAUGCCCUGAACUGAAAUGGUACAACUUUGAUAUUUAUCCGCACAAAAUCAAAUUGACGAAUACAGGAUAUACACUGCUUCUCUCCGCAAAAUGGACGACAGAGCGUCCAUACUUGGAAGGGGGUCCAUUUUUAGAAAAGCAUGUGCUCUCCCAAAUCCAUUUCCACUGGGGUGCUAAUAUGAUGGAAGGCAGUGACCACGCAGUAGACGACAGGAGAUAUCCUGGUGAAAUGCAUGUAUCAUUCUUUCGUUCAGAAUAUUUGACGCAAGAAGAAGCAUUGCAUCAUCAUGAUGGAGUGACCAUGAUCUGCUACAUUAUUAAGUACGGUGUUAGUCCAGACGAAAGACUAAGUUGGGUAUUAGAAGGAAUCAAUCGAGUACAAGAGGCACAAACAAAUACUCGAAUUGGCCCACUACCGAUGUCACGGCUUCUACCAAUGUUCUUCGAAGAUUAUUUCCUUUAUUGGGGAACUUUGGAGACGGUGAAAGAUGAAAAAUAUGUUAUCAAGUGGUUGGUGCCAAGAACAACGCUGUUCGCCUCUUUAGAACAGAUGAACGAGUUUCGCCGGCUAUGGGGCCCAUGGGAUGAACCAAACCUGCGAAAUUACAGACCACUUCAAGAACGAGGAGGAAGACACGUCUUCUUCAUCAACCCACAUUGGGCCCAGUACAAUUCAUUGCUGCCUAUAUCAAGAGUACCAGAGCCAUCUAUUUCUGUACUAUCUCCAGCUUAUAGAAAGAAUUCUUGGAUGCUACCACCACAAAACAGGACAAAUGAGGCAGAGGGAUUUCAUUUUGAAGCAGGUCUCAAAUCUAGUUCUUCUCGUUGUCUUCAGAAAACUAUUUAGUGGGAUCGUUUUUUAUUUAAAACAUGCGGAAAUUUAUUGGCCCUUCAGUGUACAAAGGUACAAGGAAAAUUGUAAACAAAUUGAGAACUAGCGUCUUAUUUGCACUUUUUGUAACUGUUUUGUAUGUUAACUUGUAGUUUCUGUACGUGUAUAUCUCGUCCUGUAAAUAAAUAGUU